AUGAGCAAGCCGGCGGGAUCAACAAGUCGCAUUUUAGACAUCCCUUGCAAAGUGUGUGGGGACCGCAGCUCCGGGAAACACUAUGGGGUUUACGCCUGCGAUGGGUGCUCGGGAUUUUUCAAGAGGAGCAUCAGGAGGAAUAGGACCUAUGUUUGCAAAUCGGGAAAUCAGGGAGGCUGCCCGGUGGACAAGACGCACAGGAACCAGUGCCGGGCCUGCCGGCUGAAGAAGUGCUUGGAGGUCAACAUGAACAAAGACGCGGUGCAGCACGAGCGGGGCCCCCGGACGUCGACGAUACGGAAGCAGGUGGCCCUCUACUUCCGCGGGCACAAGGAGGAGAGCGGCGGCGCCCCGCACUUCCCCGCCGCCGCCCUGCCGGCGCCCGCCUUCUUCACCGCCGUCUCCCAGCUGGAGCCCCACGGCCUGGAGCUGGCCGCCGUCGCCGGCACCCCCGAGAGGCAGGCUCUGGUGGGCCUGGCGCAGCCUACCCCAAAGUACCCACAUGAAGUCAACGGUACCCCUAUGUAUCUCUAUGAAGUGGCCACCGAAUCCGUUUGUGAGUCAGCAGCCAGACUUCUGUUCAUGAGCAUCAAGUGGGCCAAAAGUGUCCCAGCCUUCUCCACCUUGUCCUUACAAGACCAGCUGAUGCUUUUGGAAGAUGCUUGGAGAGAACUGUUUGUUCUAGGAAUAGCACAAUGGGCCAUUCCAGUUGAUGCUAACACUCUACUGGCUGUAUCUGGCAUGAAUGGUGACAAUACAGAUUCUCAGAAGUUGAAUAAAAUUAUUUCAGAAAUACAGGCUUUACAGGAGGUUGUGGCCAGAUUUAGACAACUUCGGCUAGAUGCUACCGAAUUUGCCUGUCUCAAAUGCAUUGUCACUUUUAAAGCUGUGCCUACACACAGUGGUUCUGAACUGAGGAGUUUCCGAAACGCUGCCGCCAUAGCAGCCCUUCAAGAUGAAGCCCAGCUCACUCUGAACAGCUACAUUCAUACCAGGUAUCCCACACAACCCUGUCGUUUUGGAAAACUUUUAUUGCUUUUACCAGCUUUACGUUCGAUUAGUCCAUCUACAAUAGAAGAAGUGUUUUUCAAAAAGACCAUUGGGAAUGUACCAAUUACAAGACUGCUUUCAGAUAUGUACAAAUCCAGUGACAUAUAAAUUACCUUAAAAUAAACAAUCAGGAUGAACAGUUUGAGAAGAACUUUUAUCUAUGGAGAAUAAGCCUCAACUAACAAAAUCUACAGGAAGCAUAAGCCUGGGAAUGUUUAGCCUUUAAACCCAUUGACAAAAAAUACCCCAGUAGAUAUGAUUCUGCUGCUCUGAACAGAGUGAUUUAGAUCGUGGAGAGAAUGCUUUGUUCUACAGAAAAAGUGAAAGUGGUUGGAAUUUGGCUGCUAUUCCUGUUACUACAGGAUGGAGGCAAUUCAGAUGCCAGUCAUAGUUAACAAAGACUCUGCUAUUCUCUCAUUUAACUGGCAGAUCUGAGACAAAAUGUGAAAGAAGGUACUUUAGUUUGUUCAGUAUUUGGAACCGGGUGACCAAACUUGGCUUCUGUUGUAACAUGAGAUGUGGUGGCCUUCAGAACUGUUUUAAAAGUAGCUUAUGUUGGGAAAAUGUUUUUAACAUCAUAGGCAACAUUUAAGACCAGGUUACCAAAACAUUGCUUCUGCUAUAAUACAUCAUGAAGUGGCCUUCAGAACUGAUUAAAAAGUAGCUUAUGACAGCAGCUCCAUUCUUCCUGCAAAAUGAACUGGUGAUCUUUGAUGCGGAUGUCACCACAAUUUGUUCAGUUAACAUCUCAAAGACAGAAGAGCUUUAUACACUUCCUCCCCAACCUUUCCUCCUUCUUCUUACACACACUCACACAGACACACAUUCACACACACACCUGAAAAGAUACAAGUCAAGAAAGGAAGACUAAAACAGCAAAACCAAAUACAAUGGAGAUGACCGCUUCAGUGACCUGCUGGCUGUCCCGUUGGCACAGUGCUGAAACCAAAGGCAACGGUGGCCAAACUCUUUGUCAAUGAGAUGUGCAGAGAAGUGAAAUGACUAUAAAAAAAAAACAAUGGAAGGAAUUUUAUUUCAAAGAAAUAAAGGUUGUUGACUGAUACAAUGCUAACAAUUUCCAAAAGUCUCCGAUGCCUUUUUAGAAAACUCCAGGUUCUAAUUUUGAAGCCUUGUUCGCAUACACCCUUUCACACACAAAAACGUUAUAAGCUGCUUAUUUGAUGUAUGAAAAAUGUAGAAAAAACAUUUAAAGAUAGCUGCUGUACUUUUCAAAAUUUGAUUUGUUAUUAGGAACUAGCACUGAGAAAAAUCAGCACUUGGACUAUCAUAGAAUGAGUAAAACUUUUCCUGUACAAAGUGGAUUAACUGAUUUGUGAAGUUAAAAAGUUGUACUCAUUGUAUUUAC